CCGUAUUCGAAACCUACCUAACUUAAGGACGAAGGUAUAUCUAGUAUGAUUUUUAGAAACUAUAUCAAGUAGGAUAGCAUCAAUUACAAACUCCUUACAUGUCAGCCAAACCAAAAGAAAAAAAACUCAGGAAGAAGCCCAGAAUGUCAACGAAUAACUAUGCGUCAAAAUUAGCAGGUCAAUACUGUAAAAGUUAUCAGCAUGAAAUGUCUUAUUUUGUAGAAAACACAAGCGUAACCAGUUUGGAAGAUGAAAGAAAUAAAAGUCCAACUUUUCCGUUUAAGCAGACUCCAAGUGGAAAUUUAAAGGUGCAAACAAAUCAGGUAGUGUUUCAAUCUUCCUCGGUCGGAGUACUUUUAGCUGAUCCGUCACAAGCCGAAGUCAAAAUAAAGUUCGAAGGAAAAUCUACGGAUGAUGAUAAUGAAAGCUCCGAUCCUUCUGAUAGACAAUAUGAUGUACGAGAAAUAAACUUAAAACCAACAACCCAGAGGACACAAAAUCUAAAUGACUUGAAAGCACUGGGAUACACAAUCAGUACGCCAAUAGAUGGGAUAAGAGUGCAGCUACCGAAAAAACGAGAUCUUUACCAAGAAUUUUUCAAACGACUUCAUAAUCGUAUAAACACGGACGUCGAUGUGCAAAUCGGCAAAAGCGAUUUCAAUUGCCAUCGAAUGGUUCUACAAAUUUACUCUACAUUCUUUGAUGCUAAUCGCCAGAAAAGUAUACAAUUACCUGAGGAUAUCGUUUCUCCAAAAACAUUUGAGACUAUCUAUGAUUGGAUGAUAUAUAACAGUCCAGAAAAUAACAAAUUUCUACAGAGGCAUAACAUUCUACAAGUGUUCUGCGCUGCACGAUACUUGGGCAUAAAGGACCUCGAAGAUCAAUGUUGGUCGUUCAUACUAAAUGAAAAUAUGUUCAAUGAAGAUACAGCAUUUUCGAUGUUCAUAGAAGCGAGGAAUAAAGGAUUAACACCUAUUGUAGAUGUUAUGGUACCCAGGAUCAAAAAAUUCUUUCUACCCUUGGUGGCUUCUAAUGAUUUUAUUGAUCUUGAAGUUGAUGAAGUUGUUACUAUUUUACGGUCUAAUCAUAUUUGUGUAACGAGCGAAACAGAAGUACUAAUGGCAGCAGUCAGAUGGCUUCACGGGAAUUGGCCAGCUCGGUCCAAAUACACUGUUGACGUCAUGAGAUGUGUGCGUUUUGGUCUCAUCUCGCCAUGGCAGCUCGUCGACAUCAAGAGGAACCCUGAGAAUUCCGAAAUUUUAGAGAUCGUCAGCGAUCCAGAAAUACAGCAGAUGGUUGAUGACGGGCUUGCAUACGUCAUCAUUAAGUACUGGUACGGCAACAGUUCGCAGAACUACAGUCAUUGGACCGACGUGCUCGGUCUCACGGAACCCAUGGACAGAAAUUGGAUCGGUGAGGAAAAGAAUCACGUGACGUACAAGGAGUUCCUGAAAUACCUGGAACAGUUCCGGGUGCCGCGGGAGCAGAUGUACCAGCAGAUGGCGAUGAUGCAGUCACCGAGACGGAGUGAGGAUGCUGCAGGCAGCUUACGUGGUAUCAACAAAGACUCUAUCGACAUGCAAAGACAGAAGUUUGACUUCCCUUUGCCUGCUAUGAUACAGGGACUGAGGAACAACAAAAAUUUACCAUCGCUACCUGACUUUUUUAAGGACAAAUUAAAGAACACUGCAAGUCGAGGUCCAUCACCGACCAAGUCCCCACCACAAUGCAGCUACAAACAAAACUUAAUGGAGAAAAAUAUAAAGCUACGCGACAAUGUGUAUGAAAUAGAGAACGAAUCUACGGAUGAUGUUAAUACCACGCUCAAAACGACAGACGCCGGGGGUACAGAUUCUGUUGUCUCUGGGAGCAGUGACACGGGUAAUUUUUGUCCGAGGCACGAGAGAAGGCAGAGUGUAGCAGCCAGCUACCUGGCCUCCGCUACUGCUGCCUUAUCUGCUUUGAAACGUGAAUCAAACAAUAAGAAGGAAAUAAGGAGCGCCUCAGAUAUGUUCACACACGAGUCUACUGAUGCGCAGAACACCACUAAGCAAAGCCCCCAGAUAUCGCUGUUUGACGAAUCUAAAGAACAGUUGGCGAAAUUGAAAAUGAACAAACUGUCAGCGUCAAUACUUGGACCGUCCAACAAGAACUACGUGAUAGACGGUUCGCUGUUCGACUGGGAACGCGAGACGGUGCUGGUGUUUGGUGGCACAGACCCACACACUAAUUACGGUGUCCCAGGGAAUACGGGGAAGGAUAUUUACAAGUUCGAUCCUGUGGCGAACUCGUGGGAGCACGUGGGCGAGCUGCCGGAGCCGCGUCACCACCACUCCGUCACCUUCUUCAGGGGACGAGUGUUUUUAGCUGGUGGUGCGGAUCCCCGCGAGGACGACCUCCGCGGCAAGUCGGUGGUGGUGUCCACCGUGUGGAGCUUCGAGCCCGUCACCAGGUCGUGGUACAGCGAGUCGGGGCUGGCCACCCCCCGCAAGAACUUCGGCCUCGUCGUCCACCGCAUGGCCUUGUAUGCCAUCGGCGGACAGGAUAAGAAGGGCAAGAUCCUUCGCUCCGUAGAAAAGUUCGACCUCAAGUCAGGGUCCUGGAGCGAGGUGCAGCCUUUACUGGUGGCUCGGAUGGCGGUGGCGGCGACCAAGUACCGCGACUACAUCUGGGUGGCAGGCGGCAUGCCCGGCGACAAGAAGACCCCCGCCUGCGCCACUGUCGAGUGCUACAACUCGAAUACUAACCAAUGGACUGAGAUACAGAGCUUGCGGUUUCCAAGAUGUUUCGCGUCGCUUUUCGCCAUGAACGAUAAGUUGUAUAUCAUCGGCGGAGCGGGGAAAAUUACUGACAAUGACCAGACACCAAGCAGCGUAUCAGCCGUCGACGUGUGGGACUGGGGGACGCGGGAGUGGCGGCUGGAGACGGAGAUGUCCAUACCGCGGCACGGCCACGCGCUCGCCUACCUCGGCACGCAGCUCAUUAUAGUCGGUGGCGUAACAACGAUCUACAUGCGAGCUCUCAACAACGUGGAGUCGUUCUGCUUCGAGCGUCGCGCGUGGAUCAGGGGCGUAGCCAUCCUGCCGAGCCCGCUGUCGGGACAUGGCGCAGUUACACUACCCCCGGCCUCGCUUAUGUAGCAUGGUGAUUUGUUUAGAAUAAAUUUAAUCUUAGGCUUCAGUCUCGAAACCAGCGGGCAGCGGGGCGGGAGCGGCGGGGUGCGUGACAAAGUAGAUUUAUGUGGACAGGUCCCGAAAACCGAGCGGCGGCGGCGCGCGGUGUAAUAGACGGCUUAUCCAUAUAAAUCGCACCGCUCUCGCCCAGUUGCCCGCUGGUUUUGAAACUAAAGCUUAAGAGCGUAUUAUCACAGUUAGCACAUGGCGAGCGACUUCAGCAACAGGACCUCAGCGGAUGCGUCGCAUUCGCGAUGUUUUCAGUGCGCAUUCGCGGCGUGUUCGCGACGUAUUCGCUGCGCGCCCGCUCUGUUCUAACCACUAGUGUGAUAACGACUUAAUACAAACUAAUUAAAUUAAAUUAUUUUAGAAAUACCUUCACAUAAAAGUGCAAUAAAUUUAUUUCGUAGCACAAAGGAUUGUUAGUACUUAGUUUGUCUAUAUUUUGCAGUAAUUGUAUUAUUUAGUAAAGUAUCGGAAAGCAGUAUACAAACCACCGCUUGGUAUAACAGAAUACAGAUGUGAUCUCUCUGGCUUAUGUGGUAUUAAAUUAAAUGUAAAUUAUGCUAUGUAUGCUAAA